CAAGCUAAGGGAAAUAGAAAAAUCGUGCAAACCUGAGGUACUCUGUACAUAAUACAAAUCGAUUACAUAUCAACAUGUCAUUCCAAAAAAAGUACUGUAGAACUGAAAUCGAAAAAAAAUUUAUAGUUUACUUACAGAAAUCGUUAACAUACGAAUUUAAUAAACUUGAUGUUAGUACAUUGCACGAAAGAGUAUGUACGUAUAAAAUUUGAGAAGAUAACAAUUAUUGUAUCAAUUUAGCAGCCAUGAUUUCAAAUAUGAGGCUUUUAUACUACUGUAGGAAUAAGUUCUUGAAAAAGUCAUUAAAAACUUGUAUACAGUACUAUAUUGAGCCAUAUCGACAAUAUUCAUCGAAAAACGAAGAAACAUUUAAACAAAGAAAUGCACCUAAAUACAAUUCCUAUUUAUUAGAUACUGUAUAUAUUACUCUCGGUGCAUCUAUAUUAACUUUUGGUUAUUAUUAUAUGUUCCAUAAAGAAAUACAUGCAUUGAAUAAGAAUGAUGUGCAAUGUGGAGAAUUUAGGCCAGAUUUAAAUACAUAUACUUUAGAAGAAGUGGGAAAACAUGAUAAUAAACACAAUCAAAUAUGGGUAAUAUUUAAAAAAGGAGUGUAUGAUAUAACAAAUUUUGUAGACAAUCAUCCAGGUGGUCCUUCCAAAAUAAUGAUGGCAGCUGGCAGUUCCAUCGAACCUUUCUGGAUAUUUUUUGCUAAUCAUAAUACACCAGAAAUAUAUGAACUGCUUGAAUCAAUGAGGAUUGGAAAUAUUUCAGAGACAGAUCAACUUGAUAAUAAAUCUUGUUCUAAUGACCCAUAUGCAAAUGAGCCAAAGAGACAUAAAGCUCUAAAAAUUAAUGGAAGUAAACCUUUUUGUGCUGAACCACCCUCUUCUUUAUUAGCUGAAAGUUUUAUAACACCAACAGAAUUGUUUUAUGUAAGAAAUCAUCUUCCUGUUCCUGAAAUAGAUCUAAAAACGUAUACAUUGGAAUUAGCUGUGGAAGAAGAAACACAAAAAUGCCUCAGCUUUGAAGACAUAAAAAAAUAUCCAAAACAUACGAUAAUUAGUGCUGUAAUGUGUGGUGGUAAUAGACGAUCUGAAAUGGCAGAGUCAAAACCAUUAAAAGGGCUUAGUUGGAGUGUGGGAGCCGUAGGUAAUGCUACAUGGACUGGUGCAAAGUUGUGUGAUGUCCUAAAAGAUAUGAAAAUUAAUGAGGAUGAUUACAAUCAUGUUCAGUUUGAAGGAUCUGAUGUAGAUCCUUCAGGUGCACCAUAUGGUGCAAGUAUACCCAUUAGUAAAGCUAUGGAUCCAAGAGCAGAUGUAAUCUUAGCUUAUGAAAUGAAUGGACAACCAAUAUCAAGAGAUCAUGGUUUUCCUAUUCGAGUAAUUGUUCCUGGUGUUGUGGGUGCAAGAAAUGUAAAGUGGCUUGAUAAAAUAAUUAUCUCAAAAGAAGAAAGUCAUUCACAAUGGCAACGGGGUGAUUACAAGGGUUUCUCCCCUAGUACUGAUUGGGGUAAUGUAGAUUUUUCUAAAGCACCUGCUAUACAAGAGAUGCCUGUAAUUUCUGCGAUAUGCACACCAGAACCAAUGGAAACAGUAAAAGUAAACGGUGGAAAAAUAAACGUUAAAGGAUAUGCAUGGUCAGGAGGUGGUAGAAAAAUUAUUAGAGUUGAUGUUACAAAUGAUCAAGGUGAAACUUGGCAUACAGCUAAUUUACAUGCUGAAGAUAUCAAUGCCAAGGAGGGUCGUUAUUGGAGUUGGACAUUAUGGAGUAUAGAUCUUCCUGUACAGUCUUCCUGGAAAGAGUCAGAGAUAUGGGCAAAAGCUGUGGAUGCAUCCUAUAACGUACAACCAGAAAGCUUUAAACAUAUUUGGAACCUGCGAGGCUUCCUUUGUAAUGCGUAUCACAAAAUCAAAGUUAAAUUGGAACAUUAAAUUGUUACAUCAAAUCUUAUUUGUACUUAAAAUGUAUAUACAAGUCUUUAAUUUUUGUUAACAUUAUCUAAAUGUUCAUUUAUGUUAUUAAAUAAUGUACUAAUCUAUUAA